CGUGUAGGGCCUAUACAAUGGCUUGCGGCGGCCAACCAACAGGUCAGCAGUGCUUUUACCCCUCUAGACAGUUCGAAAAUGAAAAUUUUUGUUUUCAGGUGCGGUUCGGAUUCUGAUCAGUCGUCGUCGAUUGAACGAAGAGCAUGUCGUAUUUGUCAGUCGGAAAGCGGCGAGAUGGUACGACCAUGUGGAUGCGCGGGAACGAUGGGAGAUAUUCACGAAGUGUGUCUAUCUCGAUGGGUGGCAAUGUCGAACAAGGAUCAAUGUGAGAUUUGUCAAGAGAAAUAUGCUAGAAGUGGCCGAACAAUCAAACCUCUCAGCAAAUGGGAACGACCUCACUUCGGAUCCGAGAAUACGCUUAGACAUCAACUAACUUUCGAAAUUCUAUCACUAAUGUUAAUAGCUGCUCUAUCAUAUUCUAUAAUUUAUAUGAUAAAUUUGUGUGACGAGCGAAUGUUUCUUGAAAGAAUGAGCACGCUUCCAAUCAGAUCGGAUGAUGUUGGCCGCAUCUUCGUGAUGAUAGUGCUCGGUUCAACACUUCUUGCAUCAAUUUUCGCUGUAUUUCGUCAAACGAAGAAAUAUAUACUUAAACAAAUGGAAAUCAAAUUUGUCAACAAAUCAUCAGUGCGUUCGAAUAAAUCGUCAUAA